AUGAGAGUUUCCACACUACAAUUCACGCUGUUAUAUUGCUCAAUACAAUGCUUUCAACUGUCCCAUGGCAUCCAAAGAGAGUCGUCGUCUUUGUCCAUGACGACGCAAAAAUCAUGCCUGCUGUGUCGAGGCGGACAACAACAGUAUUCCAACGAUCCUUAUAAUGCUUUACCACAAAACAAUGAUUACAAUCCCAACAGCUACAAUCCACAAAAUCUACCACAAGAUCCGGAUCACAUCUUUCAAGAAGCAUUCCAAGAUCGCGUCGAUCAAUGGCGACAAGAGCAAAUCCAACAUCGGGAUCAAAUGUCCUUUAAUGAAAAAACGUCUCUGAGAGAUUCCAAGGGCCGGAUGAAGUUAAUGGCUACAGCGGGCAAGGGAGCCCGGGCGUUUCUUUUUGGGAUUCUCAUGUGGCGAAACAUCCAUUUGAUGGAGGUGGCGGACAAGACGACCAAGGGAUCCUGGAAAUCAUUUUUGGUUGGUAACUUGGCCAUCUUAUUCAUGGGUAACUUUGCCGGAGUCUGUGCAGCCAUCACGGGGUCGAGUGGGCAUGCGGCUACCAAACGGUUCAAGGCCAUUUUGAAUUUGGACAAGCUGCUGGAGGUUGUGUUGCUGGUUUGGUACUUGUUGCGACUGACCUUCAUCCCAAACAAACAUGUACCACGAGAAAUUUACAUUGCGAGCAUCUUUCAUUCCAUCUUCUUUCUCAUUCAAUCCCAAUCCUUUACAAGAAUCUCAUGGGAUGACAAGCUGUUUGGUGCAUUCGGUGCCAAGCCAGUAGACGAAGAUUUCGAUGACAAGCCACCGGGAUAUCCAGAUGCAUCGAUGAAUCAAUAUCCCCCGCAGAAUGACAAUUAUGAACACAGGGCGUAA